AAUAACGAACAUAAAAAUGUAAGUAUAUAUAUAUAUGCCCAUGUAUCAUUAAACUGCUGCAACAACAGCUCGCAAAUCAUUACGUUUCAUAACUAUAAUGUCUUCAUCAUCGUCAAUGUCAAACCACAAGAUUCCAAAAACACUAAUGAUUUUGCUCAUCAUAAACUUAUUACGCCUAAUCCAAACUACUUCAGCUGUGACAAACUCCAAUUCCAACUCCCACUUCUCAAGAUUCUCGAGACAUCGAAGUUCAUCAUCAUCAAGAACCAAACAAGGGUUUAUUGCAUCGGUCCAAGAGGGUAUGAACCAUGCUCUCUUGGCUCGGUCUCUCGCUUUCAAUCUCACUCUUUCUCAUCGCACCGCAAAAGCUCACAUGGUCGAUCCCGUCCACGACUGCCUUGAGCUGCUCGACGACACAAUUGAAAUGUUGUCUCGCAUCAACAUUUCAGGUAAUGAUGAUCAUGAAGAUGUUCAUACAUGGCUAAGCGCAGCACUCACGAACCAAGAUACUUGUGAGCAGAGCCUCCAAGAAAAAUCCAAGUCGUACCAAAACGAAUUUGCGAUGGAUUUUGUUGCAAGAAACCUCUCUGGCAUGCUGACUAACUCGCUUGAGUUGUACGUAUUGUCCGUAAAGCAGAAAGGCGGGAGACUCUUGUCGGAACGUGAGCAUAUUCCGACGUUUGUUACUUCGUCGGAUCGGAGGCUUCUAGAAGCUUCGGUGGAGAAGCUGAAGUUUGACGCGGUGGUGGCUGCAGACGGAAGUGGGACCCAUAAAACCGUAGGAGAAGCGUUGUUGAGUGCUUCACUGGCGGCGAGUAGUGGGGUCAGGACCAUAAUUUACCUGAAAGCUGGGACCUAUCACGAGAACAUCAAGAUUCCGACUAAGCAGAAGAACGUUAUGUUAGUUGGUGAUGGGAAGGGUAAAACGGUCAUUGUAGGUAGCAGAAGUUAUAGAGGCGGCUGGACUACUUACCAAACUGCCACCGUUGCUGCUAUGGGAGAGGGGUUUAUAGCGCGCGACAUGACAUUCGUGAACAGCGCCGGACCCAAAUCGGAGCAAGCGGUGGCACUUCGGGUCGGAGCAGAUAAAUCCGUCGUGUAUCGAUGCUCCGUCGAAGGAUACCAAGACUCACUCUACACACACUCGAAUCGACAAUUUUACCGAGAGACAGACAUCACCGGAACCGUCGAUUUCAUCUUCGGAAACUCAGCCGUCGUUUUCCAAUCCUGCAACAUCGUCGCCCGGAAACCAUUACCGGGUCAGAGAAACUUCGUGACGGCGCAAGGACGGAGACACCGGGAUCAGAACACCGGAAUCUCGAUUCAAAACUGCAAGAUCACGGCGCAAUCGAUGACUUUUCUUGGCCGGCCGUGGAAGGAGUAUUCGAGGACGGUGGUGAUGCAAUCUUUCCUCGACGGGUCGAUUCACCCGUCCGGUUGGUCUCCUUGGUCGGGUAGUUUCGGUCUCAACACUCUGUUUUACGGCGAAUUUGAGAAUUCGGGUCCUGGAUCAUCGGUUUCGGGUCGGGUUAAAUGGAGUGGGUAUCAUUCGUCUUUAACAGUGAAAGAAGCGGAACGGUUUACUGUCGCUGGUUUCAUUGACGGCGCGAUGUGGUUGCCGUCAACGGGCGUUAGUUUCGACUCGGGACUUGUGAAGUGAGCUUAUUACACAAUUAAGCAGCUGGUUUGGCAAUUAUCAAAAUUCUUAUAUAAUUAAGUUCUUAGCUGAAUUGUGAUUAAUAAUUGUUAAUUAAUUACAACAACUGUGUGUUUAAAUAAAUCCCUUUCUUGUUUUAAGAAUAUGUUACUUUAAAAUCUGGACUUGUUGCGUGAUGUUACUACUAAUCUGUUCUGUUUUACAUU